AUGUCCGCGGCUGCAUCAAAAGUUACUCUGAUUGCAUUGUGUGUUUUACUGAUGGUGACUCUAACAUCUGGUGCCUCAGUGCGCUCCUCCUGCCCUCCUGGCUGGUUUUUCUACAGAUCCCAUUGCUACGGAGUAAGCAAGAAUCCAGCAUCAUGGGCAAAUGCUGAGUAUGAAUGUGGUAGCUAUGGGCAUGGAGCACACUUGGCCUCCAUAAUGGAUGAAUUGGAAGCAGCCAUCAUUGCAAGUCAUGUGUCAGCAAAUCAAGAUUCCAAUGGAGUUUGGACGGGUCUACAUGAUCCUGAGAAGAAUGGCAGAUGGAAAUGGACAGAUGGCUCUAUGUACAACUAUCGGGCAUGGAAAACGGGGGUACCAGAUAAUGCCAAAGGAAAAGAGUUCUGUGUGGUGCUGACUAGCGGAUCCCACUAUAAGAAGUGGAACGAUGUGGCAUGUGGCUCACUCAGAAACUAUGUCUGUAAAUUCAAGCCAUGA